UUUGGUUCAUCUUUCGUUGUAUAAACAAGUUGGGUGGGGAGUUGCGAUUAGGGAGCACUUGACCGCUCCCGAUACCGCCUUUAGAUAGUUGGAGGAGCAAUUUUUCGUAAAGGAAGGCUCGAUGGACGUAGAGAUACCUAUAGAAAUCUGGAGUCAACGGCAGAGAAUCAAUAAUGCAUUGGCGGCUUCGCGAAACGCGGGGCGACAAGAUCCAGCAGAAUUGUAUGCAGCUGCUCUAAGCCUUAUACGGAUCAUCUCCUCCAGCGAUGUCGAAGAGUUAAUUUCCGAGAUGGAAAGGGUUGCCAAUCAAACCGAUCUGUCUGCCAUUUUUAACUUCCUGGAACCAUUGGACGAUUCACUGCUCCACGCUGCAGCGUACUACGACAAGGACAGCAUACUGAGGUUCCUGCUUUAUUAUGUCCCAGACCGUCUCCUAGCCGCCCAAAAUAGAGCGGGAAAUACCCCCCUCAUCGUGGCGAUUAUGAAUAAGAGCUCUAGAACUGCUGCGAUGUUGAUUCGCCGGAUAAGUGACCUCCCGGUCGAGGACAAGAACCAGAUCCUGAGGAUGACGGACAAAGUAGGAAACAAUGCUUUGCACAUGGCAGUGCGUCGUCGUUUGGUCAACGUGGUGCGCCAUCUGUUGAAUGAAGAUAUGGAGCUCGUAUACCAGAAGAACGCAGAUCAGAAAUCUCCCCUGUACUUGGCCCUCGAAUCUGAAGAACCCAAGAUACGUGAGGUUUUACUUUCGCUUCCGCUUGAACCAUCGAGGAUACAAGGCUUGCCGCCCAUUCAUGGUGCCAUUAUGCAUAACCGCUAUGAUAUCGCCACCCGGAUACUCGAGAAAGAUGUGAAGCUCUUUGCAAUGACCGACUCCAGAGGCAAAAAUGUAUUCCAUUUAGCAGCUUACAUGAAUCGGCCUCGAGUAUUCGAACUAUUAAUACCAAAUAUUGAAUAUUUGGGCAGACAAUGGGAUAUGAAUGGGGAGGAACCCAUUCAUAUUGCAAGCAAGAGGGGUUAUGUUGAUAUAAUCGAGAAGUUAUCUCAGAUAACAAGGUGGAGGAGCAAGCAAGGACAAACUGUUCUUCAUAUUGCAGCAAAAUACGGGAGAACUUCAUUAGUGAGGUAUUUGCUCAGACAUCCAAAACUCAAGGAUCUGAUAAAUGAAGCAGAUGAUGAUGGAAAUACAGCUUUGCACAUGGCCGCGAUGCAUUCACAACCCGCUACUUUGAUUCCUCUCAUACUGGAUAAAAGAAUUAAGCCCUUCCUUCUCAACCACCAACCCUCGACUGCUCUUGACAUUGCCUUAGCUCUCGUCAAAAGGGAGUAUACAUUACGGAAGCAAUUGGCGGUCAUGGUAUUGGCAUCCACAUGUGGGAAAAGUGCAACUGGAAAUGAAGUGUUUCCAAUGAUCGACCCGGACAAAAAGAAGCCAAACACGGACGACGUGGAGAAUCUGAUCGGCAAUCGCUCGGUGGUAGCAACGCUUGUGGCCACCGUGACUUUCGCAGCUGGUUUUGCAGUUCCUGGAGGAUUUAACAGCACCGACACAGCCUCCAAAGAUGACCGCGGCAUGGCUACGAUGCUGGACAAGAGAAUGUUCCAGGCCUUCACCAUUUGCAACACCAUCGCCAUGUUCUGCUCGAUGAUCGCGGUCGUCACCCUCGUCUGGGCGCAGCCAAACGACAUCCACACUGCAAUAGUUGCAUACCGACGCUCAAUGCUGCCGCUAAAAAUAGCACUCCCUGCGAUGUCCGCCGCUUUCUUAACUGGUAUCACCUUGUCUGUUGGCAAACUCCCUUGGCUUGCUAACACCAUAUUUUAUUUUGGACUCGUUUGCCUCCUCAUCAUCUCAGUUGCUAAAUUGUUAGAGGACCCUCCCUUGAUUUGGAGCCGCCGUCGCCCUAUUAGCAUUAUGGUAUCCUGGCUUGUUCUCGCUUAUAUUUAUUUGUGGGAUGUUGAGACGGACGUUUCGGAUGACACGGAAGAGGACAGAAUGGUGUUUUGGACCUCCGCUAGGGGACUUCCGGAUGAUGAUAGUAAAUAGAAUGACUGAUUACUCGGUGACAACAAAAUAUAGGGACACGCACAUUUUCCUAAUUACUGGUUUCAGUUGAUCAUUUGAUAUUACCUAUGAUUUGUAGAAACAAAUAUGUAUUUCCUAUCGCUCAUUCUACAGUUGCUUUCCUACUGCAUUAGAUCAAUGGUGAUUGUUGAAGUACUUGAA